GGUCGAGCAUGGCAUGGUAAAAGACUGUGUGCAGGAAUGGAAAACAUCAACAACGGCGUUUGUGGAAGAGCUUGAAGCAAAGUAGCCGGUCCAAGGACUUUAGGUUGUUCUUGUUUUUUAGCACGUAUGCCCUGGUAUUGUCUGUCGAUGUUUUCUGGCUGUGGAUCAGCGGGUAGCCAAGCCAUUAGCUUCCUGCCGCUUGGAUGUUCUCCUGGUAAUUUGGUGUUGCACCGAUAAAUCAAAUUCAUCUGCUUUUCGACUAAAAAUAAGUAACUGCGCUGAGGCUGAAGGAUGGACCUACGGGUCGGAGGAAAGUUUAGGCUUGGCAGGAAGAUUGGCAGUGGAUCGUUCGGUGAUAUAUAUCUCGGUACAAAUGUUCUAACUGGUGAAGAAGUGGCAAUAAAGCUAGAAGUAUGCCACACAGACCACCCGCAGCUAUACAUCGAGGGAAAGUUUUAUCGAAUGCUCCAAGGUGGAGUCGGAAUUCCGACGCUGAAAUGGCUUGGUACAGAAGGAGACUACAAUGUGAUGGUAAUGGAGCUACUAGGUCCGAGUUUGGAAGACCUUUUCAAUUUCUGCGCUCGCAGCUUCUCGCUCAAGACCAUUCUGCUUCUCGUCGAUCAACUCAUAUCACGCCUGGAGUUCGUCCAUUACAAAAGCUUCCUGCAUCGCGACAUCAAGCCAGACAACUUCUUGAUGGGCUUGGCCAAGCGAGGCAAUCUAGUCUACAUCAUCGACUUUGGCUUGGCUAAGCGGUGGCGAGAUGUACGCACUAUGGAGCACAUCCCGUACAGAGAAGACAAGACACUCACUGGCACGGCGCGCUACGCUAGUAUACAAACCCAUUUAGGCAUUGAGCAAAGUCGCCGAGAUGAUAUCGAAUCGCUCGGCUACGUCAUGGUCUAUUUCCAUCUGGGUAGCUUACCCUGGCAAGGGCUGCGCGCACAGACAAAGAAGGAGAAGUACGACAUCAUCUCGGAGAAAAAGAUGAGCACACCGGUGGAUGUCCUGUGCAGGAAACUCCCACCGGAAUUUGCAACGUAUCUUAACUAUGCACGCGGUCUUCGCUUUGCGGAUAAACCUGACUAUGGGUACUUACGGCAGCUCUUCAGGACGUUGUUCUCUCGACUAGGGUUCUCGUAUGAUUACGUAUUCGACUGGAAUAAAGGAUUCAAGGAGCGCAACGAAGAAGCUAAGCAGCGGAAAGAGCAGCUGGCAAUACAGGAGCGAGACGAGGAGUGCAAGGAACGUGCUAAGCCGUCCAAAGGUGCUGGUGCAGCCGGCGGUAUGAAGGAAAAGAAGUAAGCACCUGCACCGGACACUCACUGUCGGGAGCAGCAGCAGCCAAGCCUAUUCAGGCGCAGUCCUAAUGCCGGUCGGUGGUGCUGGUGCUGGUGGUCAUUGUUAUGUUUGCCUCUGCAGCACUGAGCACAGCCUCCACGAAUGUCGUUGUUGUUUCGCCCCGCAUUCUCGUAUGUGUGUUGACCGGCUGCUACGGGCAGUGUGGUCGCCUUACCCCCGCGUUAUCAUCAGUUCUACAGCUGUUGUUGUGACGUCCGGUUUGCUGCAAGGCACGGCACCUUGUCCCUACCUACCUACACACAGUUCUUCAUGCUAUGGUGACCAGGUGGUCCAUGCUCUCAACGGGGUACGCUCUGCUGGGUGCUGGGCUGCUGACUGUUACUACUACUGCUGAAUUGACAACGCCACCACCGUCGUUUGUUGUUGAUCGACUACGGCCAACUACUUUUUCAUGGUCGUCCACCAGCUCUCUCGCUCUCUCUCUCUCAUCUGUACAUAACUUACUGCUAGUUGUCAUCACGUGAUCACGUCAGACACCUCGGUAGUGUGAACUCCUCGUCCGUCUGUUCACGCUGUGCCGUAAGGGGGUGGUCGCUUGAUGAUUUGAUUCUGUGUCAACCCCCGUUGUCGUCAUCGCCACCACCGCCCUUGUUGUUGUACUGUAUAUAUUCGCAGUGCGUGUGUGUGGAUGUCUUGUAGUCCUGUGCAUGAGGUACUGGCUCUUGCUGGGCGUGUUCACUGUGUGGAGAACACACUGUCAGUGUCUGCUGUUAGCUCUGCUGCAGCUAGUGUGCCCAUUCCAGCUGGCUGCUCAACACUCCGAACAGUAUUGUUAGCACUGAGCAGCUGGCAGUGCACUGGUGAUGCGCCACGACUGGACACUCCACAUUGUGCUCAGCAUCUUUCACGCUCUCCCCUGCCCUGGCUCGUGGCCAGCCUCUUCUUUCCCCUGGUGCGUUUCGCUGCACUGUUGCCCGCCCCCCGUGUCCCACACCCUUGAGGUGCGUACUCGCUUGAGAUGAUGAUGCCAUUGAGUAUGAUGACCCGCGUGGUGCCCGUGGCCCGCGCACCUGACACACAGCCAUUCCACUGCCACGUUGCAGUCACUCCAUGCAUCCUGCCAUCGCUUCCUGCAGUAUUUCGAUUCCGUCUCCACCGCCGUUGUAAGUAUCCCCCGCGUGUUGUUGUUGCUGCUGCUGCUGGCUUGGCUGGAAUUUUGUACAGAGCUUCACAGCACCUUCCGGUCCAUGCGCGCGCUCCCUGUCCCGCUGCAUGCAUUAUAUGCCAGGCGUUCCCCCGUGUGUAUAGACCUGCUGCAGCUGCGUCGUUCCCCUUCCUUGUGCCUCGCGCGGUUGCCCCGGGUCUCUUGUGCUCGUGUGUGUGUGUGUGCUGCCUGCCGUCGCCAAUGCUGACGUGAUUGCCUCGUGGCGAGUUGCCCUGACAACGCCAACCCUCCUGUAGUAUCGGUGGUCCGGUCGUGGUGGUGGUAGUGGUGAAUAUUACCGCUGCUGCUGCCGCUGCCGCCGUUCACGUUGAGUAAUAUCGCAUUAUUCUCGCCCUGAUUCUGCUGCUGCCGGCGACUGCCUGUGCUGUGCUGUGGUUCAGGUACAUGUACAUAUAGUCCAAGCGUGCUCAUUUCUAUAACCGUUUAUGUGCAGAGUAUUGCUGAUAGUGUUGACAGGCUGAGGCAGCUGAUGCUCAGCGUACCCCAUGCCUGCGCUCGCCUCUCGCGUUCACAUACAGGACCUGGCCGUGUUUUGAGCGAGCACGAAGAAAAGUAUUGAUGAUAUUGCAAUCUCCCUCCCCGUUCCCCGCCGUUCCCCGCUGCAGCGUUGCCUCCCUUUACUGCGUGAUUAAUAUUUACUCGUGGGCCGCUGCUUUUCUGCUCAUCUUUUUUCACCCCCCCCCCUCCCCUCUCUCUCUCUCUCCUGCUUCUGGCUGGCAUUAUAGCUCCUGCUGUUGCAUUGCAGGACAGAACCAGAGCAGGAGAGCACUUGUACAGAUUACCAAUGAUGUCUAUAAAAUUUAGCUCCCUGUGCCGCUCAAGCCCCGCUCAGUUCCGCAGGUUUUGUUGCCUGCUCACGGUCCGUACCUGUUCAACAAAUUUUGUUCCGUUUUUUUUGUGCAAUACUUCCCUUUUUCCCAGUCUCUCGUUAUCUUCCUCAUCUGGUUUGUAAAUUGUAUGAUGUGUUUGUCUGGCUUUAUGUCAAUAUCGUU